CAGAAAGAACAGUAAAAAUGCAGGCAGGGCGCCGGACAAAGCACUCGGGACAAAAUGUAUGUGAAAUGUCACUUUUUAACAUUUUUAAAAUUUCCCACCGGCUUCCAUCCCCCAUACGUCCUGACGCUCGCAGGGAACAGAACCCGGAAGACAGAUGCCCGCAUCGGCCGAAGGAGAUGGCCGGGACGCUGCAGGGGUGUCAUCGCGGGAGCGCAGGACAAAAUAAGUGCAAGAGGGAUCCCAGAGCAACGCUGCAGUGUAUUUCCGAGUGUAGCUCAGGGUUACCGCUUUUGGUACUGAAA